CCUAAUAAGAGAAGCGAAGAAGAAAGGGCAGCGGCUGGAGCCUGAAGGGGCGGCUGCGUCCGGAGAUCACUUAUGGCAUCGGCGAGAAUACGAGAUACGAUGUGGAGGAGAGCGUGCGUUGCUUACUUACGAUCCGCCCUGCCAAGGUCCCGCUCCGCCUCCCUGACCGGCCCCGGAAGCACUCUCGCUCCCGCUUCAUCGUCCUCGCCGUUUGUCUCCACCUCCUGCCUCUUCUCAUCCGAUUCCGGUGAUGGGAAGUUGAAGAAGAGGGCCGAGGAUGCGAUGCCCAUCGCCGCUGGGAUCGAACGCGUGGAACUUGAGGCCGAGCUCGAGGUGAAGAAGCGCUUCGAAAAUAUAGAUGAACCAGUUGGUCCUUUCGGCACCAAGGAAGCACCUGCUAUCAUUCAAUCUCGUUAUGACAAGAGGAUAGUUGGCUGUCCCGGGGGUGAAGGGGAGGAUGAACAUCAUGUUAUUUGGUUUUGGUUGGAGAAAGGCAAGCCACAUGAAUGCCCUAUUUGCUCCCAGUACUUUGUGCUGGAAGUGGUUGGUAAGGGAGGGCCUCCACCUUAGAUCUGGAGCUGAUGGCGAUCAUUAGAUCUGGAGCUGAUCUCUGCUAAAAAAAAUUU